AUGGGCCGGAAUGCGGCGAAGCGGGACUCCACUGCCGCCGACGCCUCAAGUGCCUCCACUACCAAUAGAGUGAAAUGCGACGGGCAACAGCCAUGUCACAACUGCAGCUCCCGUGAUGCUCUUUGCGAGUACCCGGGGAGUAACGACAAUGCUUCAACGAGUCGGCAAUAUGCCAUGUCAUUUGAAGCACGCUGCCAACAACUCGACCUGUUCUGCCAGCGUCUAGAAGGCCUUGCAGGUCAACUCUCACAGACAGUCGAGUCUCUUGUCAGAGCCAAAGUUGGAUCUGAGACGUUCAUGGAGGACGAGCUUGUUCAAGCAGCCAAUGCUUUGAGAUCCUUGCCAGACGCCGGCGAACACAUGCCAUUGGCCUUGGACCCAUCAUUAUCAGGAACCGGGCCAGUGGUACAGCAAGAAAUAGAAGACGAAGCACCCCAAGAUAAUCAUGAAGAGUCGGACUCUGAAGCCUUUGAAGAUGAUGGCCUCGACUUUUCGGUUGAUCAGAAUGGUAGGACGGAGAAGUUUGGUUCGCUCGUGACAGACUCCUAUGGCAAACUGAGGCAAAUCAGAUUCGUCGGAGGUGCGACAAAUAGUGUUUUGAUUGAAGCGAUACAGAGUCUCUCACCCCCAGGGCAAUCAGCUGUAUCGGAUUCCCCCGGAAUGCUCAGUGUCAGCCGGGGUACUGCCAAUGAAAGCGCCACCCAGCCUCUUGAAGUACCUCUUUUCGUUCAUGGUCAACGUUGGCCCGAGCUACCACAUUUGCCAAAGGCCGAUCAGUUGAGCCGCCCUCCGCAGUACAUUGCUGAUCUCUUGGUGAAUCUGUACUUUGACCAAUUACACUACACUCUCCCCGUAUUGCACAAGCCACAUUUCUUGGCUCGCUACAAGAACCUUAAUUCUUCACGGUCUUCUGAACAGCCGGACAAGAGGUUCCUCUCCGUCUUCUUCGCCGUGUGCGCGUGCGCUGCGAGUCUCUUGCCGUCCGAUGGCAAGUCCUCGAGGUUCCCUGGCCUAGACUACUACGAAAAGUCUCUCUUGUUGCACUAUGCAUCCCAUGGCGAAGCCUCGCUCGAAGGCGUGCAGUGUUUGGCCUUGCUUGCCAUGUGCUCGGCUGGCUGGAACACUCUGACACAGAGCUGGAACUAUGCUGGCAGGGCUGUUCGUGCUGCACAGGACCUAGGUAUUCACUUGAGUAGCUUGAUGUCCGUUCCAGGCGAGCACCUGGAUCCAGCGGCAAUGAUUCGACAGCAGUUAUCAAGACGGAUCUGGUGGAGUGUGUACACCUUGGACCGUGUCACGUCGAUAUGCCUAGGGAGACCGAUGGCGGCUCAAGACGCGGAUUGCCACUGCGAGCUGCCUCUAGACAUUAGUGAUGACGACCUCGAUGAAUACUGCCGGAACAAACAGCAUUCUCCAGUAAAUCCGCCAGUGUCCACUCCGAUGACUGGCUUCUUGGCUUUCGCGCGGCUAUGCCGCAUCGGAGGCAAGAUCCAACAAUUAUAUUCUCCUUCGAGGAUCCGGGAAAUUGCUAAGCCCGCAAAGGCUAAGCAACGAUUGCGGACUAUCGGCUCUCUGGAUAAAUCACUGAAUGAAUGGUUGAUUAGCCUACCAGACGAUAUACGCUUUAGUGCGAAUCAGCUUGAUCGAGGCCCAAACUUGACCAUGUGUGUGAUCAUGUUCAUCGUCCAUGCUGGAUCUCUCCUCAAUCUGUACCGGUCACUUGUCGGCAGUCUCAAUCAGGCACUGCCCGGACUUCAAGCAAUCGAUGCAGUAUCCCACUGCGUGAGUGCGGCAAAGAGCUGUAUCAAUGCCGCCGAGUUGGUACGUGAGCUGGUGCCACCUUCGCAUCACCUCGCAUUUUGUGUGCAUUACCUGACAUUGUCGGGCUUGGUAUUACUUCGAAUGCCAGGGUCUCCCCACGAUUCGACCCUCCCCGAUGUGCGGAAGUGCGUUAGUUUCUUGAAAGACCUGGAAGUGACAUGGAAUGGGGCAGCAAAGAGUCGUGCCAUAAUCGAGCAGCUCAUGCACGAGUCAAUCCCCGAGGCGAGAGCACCCAACGGAAGAACGUUUGAAAAUUCAGAGGUUAUUGAAUCAUUCUCAUGGGAUCAAGUCCCAGGAGCAGGACUCUUUGGCUACGAUAUUCCAGGUACCGAUGUGCUCAAUGCCUGGUUAUUAUGA